GUUUAGUCGAGGGGCGUGGUUACAGGACAGUUCUUGAAUCUGAUUGGCUGCUGGGCUCAAGGAGUUUUUAAAUCUUAGCAGCAGACGGGGCUGUCAAAACAGCCGAGAGGAAUAGAGCGAGGGUGUCUGUUAGGCUGAAACCAUGAGGACGAGCGAGUUUGACUCCUCAUCUGAAGAGGAGGUUGAAGAGGAGCAGCUGACGCCCUUCCACAUCUCCUGGUUACCUCUGUCCAUAGUGGAAUGCUCGCAGUUUCUCGGGAUAUGUGCACUACCGGGCUGCAAAUACAAAGAUAUCCGCAGGAAUCUGGAAAAAGACGUUGAUGAGCUCCAGAACCAGGGGGUGCAGGAAGUGUUUGUGUUCUGCACCAGAGGAGAGCUUAACAAGUACAGGGUUCCCUCCCUGCUGGAGGUCUACCGGCAGCGAGGCUUCACAGUUCACCACACGCCCUUCCCAGACGGAGACGUUCCUGAGCUGGAGCAGUGCUGCCACAUCCUCAAGAAGCUGCAGGUCAGCCUCGAGAACAACAGGAGGACUGUGAUCCACUGUUACGGAGGCCUGGGGCGCUCUGGAUUAGUCGCUGCUUGUCUGCUGCUUCAGCUCUCUCUAACAAUGACGGCAAACAAAGCCAUCGAAAUCCUCAGGGAGCACCGAGGAGGAGGAGCGAUACAAACCGUGAAGCAAUACAACUUCCUCCAUGAGUUUCGGGAAAAGUACAAGGCCUACCAAGACAGCGGAGAGGUUUGCACAGAGCGCUCAUUGUCUCGCUGAUCACUCUUCAUAUCAAUGAGCCGUACAAAUAUUGAUCUCUUCAAACUCUCUCUUUUGUCAGUGACUUUUUUCCUGAUUGUGUGUGAUAUAAUUGUAUUCGCUGAUGAUUGCACUUUAACAAAAUACUCUUUAAUAUAUUGCUUGUUUCAUCAUAAUCAAAGACUUGAUGAGGAAAUCCUGCUGGGAUGUUAAGUUUAAAAUGUGCACAUUUUUGUUAUAAAUGCUGAGGAUGUUAACUGAAAAAAGGUCUCCUGCUGUAUCUAUACUCGAUAUUGAAUAGUUUACUUAAAGAGAAGGAUAAAUUAAACUGGAUGGGGGCUUUGCAGAUGUCAGUUUUAUAGAAACAUGUCCAAUGAGCUGCAUUUGUUUUCUAAAUCUGUAGUACUGCAAACCAUAUUUUUAUUAGCCAUGCUACUGACAUGACUAAUAAAAAUAUGUUUUUCUUUGCCCCCUUAUGUACUUAUUUUCUUUAAAGGUAUUGAUUUAAAAGAACAUUCCAGUCCAUAACAGUAGGAUAGUUUUAUUUAGUUUGAAUUAAACGAGUUGUCAUUUCCUAGAUGUGACAUGAUGGGAUCUUAUACAUAAAAAUGUCAAUGUCAUCUGUGGCCAUCCCUUUCCCUGAUAAAUGUACACAUUUGAAAAUGGCAAAUACUCUAGUAUUUAUGAAAACUUUUGUCUAAUGGCCUCAACUCUAAAAGAAAACAAAAACAUCACUUUCCAGAUUUACUGAAAAUGACCCAACACUGGAGGAGUGCUUGAUAUCUUGGAGACAAAAAGUAAAAUUAAAAACAUUGAAUAAAUAAACACUGGAUUUCCUAAGCUGUGGAAUAUUUGGUGGUGAAAUGAACAAAAUGCACAAAUCACAAAAACAGUUAAGGAAUUUAAAAAAAGAUACAUUCAACAGUAUGGCACAUCAGCAGUUUCCUGCUCCCUAAUGCUGAAUACAUUAUUGUACUGUUGAGUCUACCUUUAAUUGAUAGCUGCGAUGGCGAUAAAUACAGGUCACAUACACAUCUCUGGCUACUGUGUUCGCACGCAAGGAAACAAAUAUUGCCAUCGAUUUCAACAGGGAUUACAUGUGAAUGUGAUGAUAAGUCUGAAGUAUGGAUAGAAUACAUCAGAUAGUUUGAUAACUGAUGUGACAACCAGACUGCGAUUGUCCCUGUGCAACACGUUUCACUAAGUGAUAACUCAUUCACUUCAGCCCUCACUGUACAAGCCAAGUCCCAGAAUGUCUAUUUUAAGACUGUAUAUACCUGUGAGCAAUAACAGAAGUCUAGUUUGCAUUUAACUAUUUGUUUUAGUUAUAAUAAUGAAUCCCACUGCAGGUAUAAAUUAGCUGUCAAAGCCCAGAAUCUAAUUCACAGGAAAAGCUAAUACAGUUCAGCACACAGCUCAGAUUCUCACAGAUAAUGCACACCUGAAAAUAUCUACCUAAUUUUGUAAAACACUCAAAACUUGGGAACCAAGAUGGGAAAAAA